AUGCAGAAGGCGCAGUCUGCGGAAGCGUCGCGAGCCGAGAGUGACGUUGUGGUGCAGCUCCGCGCGCUGUGGAGAAGAUAUGAGCAUCACUGCAAGCAGACUGACAGCUGUCCGAGUGCAGUACUCAAACACGAUAUUCUUCUGAACAUCGACAAGCAAGAACCUCUCAGAAAGAUAACGCUAUCAUUUCCAGAAUACAGUCCCUCGGACGCUCUUUUGCCAAGCCUUCAACCUCUGUUAAUGGCAAUACGAGAUGAACGUUACACGCAUGCACAAGAAUUCCACAUCUGGAAUGUGUCUCUCAAACAAAAAGAUGUCGUUGAGCUGUGUGUUCUUUUGGAGAGGACGAGGAGGACAGUGUAUCCCCUCAUAUCACUGGAGCUGCUCGAUUGCAAACUUGAUGACUUGUCGAUGGAAGGACUGAGCAAAGCUGCUAGCAUCAGCUGCCUCACAACACUCUGCCUGGACUACACAUGCAUGGGUGUUGAAGGGUUGAAAUGUUUGCUUAGUGGAGGUUUGGGCGCCAGUCGAAUACGUUCCCUGAGUUUGUGUUAUUGUGGUUUGGGUUCAUGGAGCGGAACUCUGCUGGCUUCAUUCCUUACCAACAGUUCUGUGAGGGAGCUCUACAUUAAUGGCAAUGAACUGCAGUGUGGGGGUGCCACUGAGCUGUUGAGACCUGUGGCGGAAAACAGCCAAAAAAUUGCAGGGAACCAAAACGAGCUGAAAUCCAUCACAGACGCAGCUGAGUUGAUCUCCCAAAGGAGCAGUAUGAUGUCCUCCAUGCAAAAGAAAGCAAAGAGCAAAGGGAAGAAGUCGAAGAAGAAACAAGGAAAAACAAAGAGGAGUCCUGACAUGGCAACGGGGCCCUGGCUAGCAAGGCUGCACAUGUUUGAUAACUCCAUCGAUGACACCGGAAAGGAGGGGCCCAAUCAACUAACUCGAUUCAUGGAGCUCAUUUGCAUUCUGGUCACGUUCUCCAGUCACUUGACAGAACUGGACAUUGGUGAGAACCACAUUGGAGAAGAUGGAGGGAAAGUGCUUUUAGAGGCCCUGCAAGAGCGAAAAACAGCUAAGCUAUCUCCAAUUAAAAUCCAAGUUUCAACACGAAUGUCCACAGAAACAUUCAGCUCCAUUUUGAAAAGUGCAAAGGAGCUGAAGUCUGGGAAAAAGAGAAGACAGAAGAAGGGAAAAACGAAGUAGGUCAUCUGUCUGGAGGUCUUUACAUGGUCCUCUGAUGUGAUGGACACAGAAUAGAUGUUACUGGUUUAGUUAAUAAUGUUUUGUCUGACUAUUUCACCAUGUUUUCCUAAUAGAUUUAAGGAACCCCAGAAUAGUUUUAUGUGGUCUGAAUUGUGUUUGACAGUGCACCAGAGAGGACCAAAUACCAGAUAAGACAUCAAUUGUCAGUGGUCCAUCAGCAGGUUGUUCUGGAUCUGAUUUGAUCUUCUUUCAAGUCACUCCCUACAGAGUUUGAAUUUGCAUACUGAAGUUUGUUCAGACUAAAUCUUAAUGCCUUUUCUUCUUGUGCAUUCUGGUGCAUAUUUUCCAACAGCUGUCUAUGGAUAUGUUCAGAAUAGCAUACUACCAUAAUACUUUUACGAUUCCUGUAGUAUAUAGUAUGUAAAAUGUUUAUAGUAUGCACAUUUUCUUCAUGCAUGGAGUAAUGCAAUGCGCUUGACUUGACCUUCCGUUUCCUGUGUUAGGAAUGGACCAGAAGUCAAAUGAGUUAUGUGAUUCCAUGACUGCUCUGCCAUUGAGGCCUUUCACCUCUUGAAAUUUGAACUUAACUUUUUGUUAGAUAUCAAGAUGUCAUCAAAGAAAACAUGCUUUAAGCCUGUCACAAGCCAUUAUAUUUUAUUUUGUACAGGUGAUUUUGUGUGGACAAUGGCUGCAUGU